AUGCCCAGGGAGAUCAUCACACUUCAAGCCGGCCAGUGCGGCAACAACGUGGGGAGUCAAUUCUGGCAACAGCUAUGCCUGGAGCACGGGAUAAGUCAAGAUGGAAAUCUGGAGGAGUUUGCGACAGAAGGCGGUGAUCGCAAGGAUGUGUUCUUCUACCAGAGUGAUGAUACACGAUACAUUCCCCGAGCGAUCUUACUGGACUUAGAACCGAGGGUUUUGCAUGGCAUUCAAUCUGGCCCAUACAAGAACAUCUACAACCCGGAAAACUUCUUUAUCGGACAGCAGGGUAUUGGUGCUGGAAAUAACUGGGGUGCUGGAUAUGCCGCUGGGGAGGUCGUCCAGGAGGAGGUUUUCGACAUGAUUGAUCGGGAAGCGGAUGGGAGUGACUCUCUAGAGGGUUUCAUGUUUCUACACUCGAUCGCAGGAGGAACUGGUUCUGGACUGGGAAGCUUCAUCCUGGAGCGCAUGAACGACCGAUUCCCAAAGAAAUUGAUCCAAACAUACUCCGUUUUCCCCGAUACACAGGCUGCAGAUGUCGUGGUCAACCCGUAUAAUAGUCUUCUCGCCAUGCGACGACUGACGCAGAAUGCUGACUCUGUUGUUGUCUUGGAUAAUGCUGCCCUCUCACGAAUCGUCGCCGACAGACUGCACGUGCAAGAACCCUCGUUUCAGCAAACCAACCAACUCGUAUCUACUGUUAUGUCCGCUUCUACAACCCCCCUUCGAUACCCGGGCUAUAUGCAUAAUGACCUUGUCGGGAUCAUAGCCUCUCUAAUUCCCACGCCACGCAGCCACUUCCUCCUUACCUCAUACACACCUUUCACAGGAGAUAAUAUCGACCAAGCCAAGACGGUCCGGAAAACAACAGUCCUAGAUGUCAUGCGUCGUCUUUUACAGCCCAAGAACCGGAUGGUCUCGAUCAACCCUAGCAAGUCCAGCUGCUACAUCAGUAUCCUCAACAUCAUCCAGGGAGAGGCGGACCCAACAGAUGUGCACAAAUCGCUACUACGUAUCCGUGAGCGACGUCUGGCGUCGUUCAUCCCCUGGGGCCCCGCUAGCAUCCAGGUUGCUCUUACUAAGAAAUCGCCAUACAUCCAGAACACACAUCGUGUCAGUGGUCUAAUGCUAGCGAACCACACAUCGGUUGCUACGUUGUUCAAACGAAUCGUCCAACAAUAUGACCGCCUACGAAAACGAAACGCUUUCUUAGAACAAUAUAAGAAAGAAGCUCCAUUCCAAGACGGCCUCGACGAAUUCGACGAAGCCCGAGCAGUGGUGAUGGAUCUCGUUGGAGAAUACGAAGCGGCAGAGAGAGAAAACUACCUGGACCCAGAGGCGGGUAAGGAGGAGCUCGGAGUAUGA